AUGGGUGAUCGUAAGAGUAAGCUGUCGGGCGAUGCAGUGGCUUUAGACUUGACCACACGUGGCUGGAGUACAUCGGCUAUCAGAGAUGAAAUGUUUAUCCAGAUAUGCCGACAAACUACAGACAAUAAACGAGAUGAUAGUCUUGAGAAAGGCUGGGAGUUAAUGGCAAUAUGUUUAGCUUUCUUUCCACCAUCACCUAAAUUUCAUUCGUAUUUAGAAAGUUAUAUUUAUAGGAAUCUUAAUCAGUGCCAUGACACAGACAAGGUACAAGUGAGUCAUUACGCUUCACACUGUCUCAAGCAACUUGUUAGGAUAUCAUUGUCAGGAGCUAAGAAAGGCCUUAAGAAACCUACAAUAGAAGAAAUUGAACAAGCCCGUAACUCCAUCUUCAAUCCCUCCAUGUUUGGUAACUCAUUAGAAGAAGUCAUGGCUUUACAAAAAGAGAAGUUUCCGGAUCGAAAACUGCCGUGGAUUUUACAGACCCUGGCUGCGGAGGUUCUCAGACUGCACGGCGCUCAGACUGAAGGCAUUUUCAGGUCAGAUAUCUGUACAUGCACGUACCCAAAAUUGUAA